CGGACUCAAGUUGUCCAAACCCUAGCUUAAGAUCGGAAAGAUGCAUUUCAGUCCGGAAUUCCUCCCGCCUCCCGCAAGUACACAGCAGAGGACGAGCAAUGUUGGCUCGACUCCUCCAAUUACGGCGCAUCCUCCGUCUCUCUGGCCGCAAAUUCUCCUUCUCCUCGAACCCUAAUCCCGACCAUAACCUCCAACCUAGCGCGUACACCAAGCCCCUGAACACCACUAUCAACAAGCUUUUCAAGGAGAGAGACCUCGACAAGCUUGUAGCUGACUUCCAGCUCGCUUCCGAGUCCUACCGCUUCCGCUGCCGCCAUAAUAUCUACGAGUUCACUGUCCGCCGCUUCGCUGCUGCUGGCCGCCUUGACGCCGUCGAGUCUAUCCUCGAGCAUCAGAAGCGCUUCGCCGCAGACCUUACUCAUGAGGGCUUCGGCGCACGCCUCAUCUCCCUAUAUGGAAAGGCUGGGAUGGCCGCCAACGCUGUCGCUACUUUCAACCAGCUUCCUUCUCUGGGGUCUCCCCGCACGGUCUUGUCCUUCAAUGCCGUCCUCACUGCUUUGGCUGCCUCUGGGGACUACCCUUGUGUUGUCUCUACUUUCCACGAUGUUCCAGCUGGUGAUACCUCAAUCAUCCCCAACCUAAUUUCCUAUAACAUUCUCAUCAAAGCCCUCUGUGAAAAGGGGGAUCUUGACGCUGUCCUUGACUCCCUCGUUCUCAUGGAGAAGAAUGGCAUUUUUCCCGAUUUGAUUUCCUUCAAUAUUCUGCUGAAAGGUCUCUAUGAAAACAAACGCUUCUCCGACGCUGAUAAUAUUUGGAAUAAAAUGGCGAAGGAGAACAUUCAACCUGAUAUAAAGUGUUUCAAUGCGAAAAUCAGGGGGCUUGUAUCCGUUGGAAAGACUUCGGAAGCUGUUGAGAUUUUGGAUGAGAUAAAUCAAUCAGGUUUAAAGAUGGAUAUUUUCACUUUCAAUGCCUUCAUAAAGAGUUACUGUCAAGUUGGGAACUUGGAGCAGGCUAAGCUGAUUUAUAUGGAUCUUAUAAAGAAUGACUGCGCUCCUAAUAAGGAGACAUUUACGGUGCUGAUUCCUAGUCUUUGUGAAGCAGGGGAGCUUGAUUUGGCCCUUAGGUUGAGUAAGGAGAGCCUGAGCCGCAGGUGUUCUCCAGGUUCAGAGAUUUUGCAGGGAUUGGUGGACGGGCUGGCUAAAAAUUCCAAGCUUGGGGAGGCUAAGAAGCUUGUGGAGAUCUCUCGAGCAAAUGGUUACUCGGGGAAGAGCAUCAGGUUGCCUUUUUCUUGUUUAGCUGUGUAAAUAAAUAUGUCAUUUCUUGUAUUAUAUUC